ACAGACAGACGGACGGACGGACGGACAGACGGACGGACGGACAGACAGACGGACGGACGGACGGACAGACAGACGGACAUAACGAUCUUAUAAAGGGCUUUCUUUAAAGUGUUAAUUCUUUAGCUCCCUCUAAGUAAAGUAUUCGACCAAUUUUAUUGUCAUGACGCCUGUGAUAUUUCUAUUCAUCUUCUCCUCUGCUGGAAUAAUUAAAUGCGACCUGAUCAAUCCGUUGUCCCCAGUUUCAUCCAUUUUGAAGGUCCCAGCGGUAAUCGAGGAGUUGGAAAAUGUCUCUACAUUUUCAAACACCAUACCUUUUUUGAUAACGCUGAAUCUGGCCAACUUGACAGAAAUGUCAGGUCAAUCUCUGUCCAAUUGCACCAGCAAAAAUCCUUCCUGUCAUGUGCACAUUUUCCUACAAAAUUUAAUUCUCCAAAUACAACAUGAAUUGGAUGACACAACAGCCUUUGAUACCAAUGAUAUCAAUCACAAUAUUCGACUUCCAGGAUGAUGACAUCCUAGUAGGAUCAACUUCUACCACAAUUAAUUCAUUCUGGCUCAACUCGACUAAACCAGAUAUAUCGACGGCUGGUUACUACUUCACCUACUACUUCACAAAACUGAUGUCAGUCUUAUCUGAUUGCAGAAACCAAUUAGUUCCUAUGGCAAUUUAUUCAAACCCACAAAUCAUAUCGAAGCUACGCGAAACAAGUGAUUUGCUUCUCGAGCAUGGCUACAAAAUCUCCAUCCCUUGGGAUGGUGUGUUCAAGUUGAAAAUAGCGUCCUGUGUAAAACUGGAAAACAGCAUUGAAGUUUUGAUAAAACUUCCAAUCAAGAGAAUUAACCAAGAAUUUCAAUUUGUAGCCGUCACUCCCAUUCCUUAUCUGACAAAUGGAAUGCGUUGCGUUCUUGUGCUUCCUUCUACUCAUCUGUUGAUGUCCAGUAACAGAGCAGUGCCUCUUCCAUCACUCAGUGAACGAUUGUGCACAACGACAAAAGAGUUUUGUAUAAUACCCAUGGAGGAGCAUGUAGGAAGCAUCGACGUGUGCACUAUGGGAAUUCUUGCAGGAGAUUAUGAAAUAAUUCAACAGGAAUGCCAGGUCAAAUGCGCAGAAUCAAACGAAGUAGUUUACAGCAGCACAGGCAUUGGUCAAUUUUCAAUCACAGGUGGAAGCAAAUUUACUUUCACCUGCCAUGAACAGAUCAUGGACUACAGCGUGCAACGAUCAGGAUCGGUGAUGAUAAUCCAGAACCUCGUUUAUGCAUAGCCGUGCAAUUGCAGCCUAAGGGUGGACGAGGGAGAAAUAGUCAAUCCUCCAUACCCUUGUCCUAAAUUGAACCAGUUAUUACUGCCAAAUAUAACCCACUAUGAGAUUCAUCUUCCUAUUUCCAACAUAAUUGAAACACAGCGUCGAAGGAAUUUAUCGGAUACAAAUAUUGUAUACACCUGGCUUACAAUUAUCUCCAUCAUCUUAACCUAUUAUAUAUACACACGUAAUCGGCACAGAGGCUUUUUACCUGUCAGUCCUGUGCACCUUCUAUUCCUGGUCACGUUAGUCUCAGCGACCUCUGAAGUAGAGAAGGGUACAUCUGAUAUCAUACUCGAUAGUAUAUUAUCACUUUUCCGAAAUAUUAGCUUUUCAGACUCCAUAGUGUUCGUUGCAGCACUAUCUGUUGGGUCCUUCAUAUUCUAUUUUGGAGCAAAAAUAUAUUCUGUGCGUUCAGUACUAAUCAUGUCCACAGUCGGAACAUACAAAUUCAUUCGUGGAACUUUGACAUUCUGUCGCCGAAAAAAAAUAAGUACUAGACAAACCGAGAUGGCAGAAAUGGAACCGUCGUGCAAAACUGCAUUAAACAUAAAGUACACAACUUUAGAUGACAAUACUGUGUGAAGUUGUAAUAUUUUGAAUAUAUAUAAAUACUUUGAAUCUAUAUAAAUAUUUCGAAUCUGUAUAAAUAAUUUGAAUCUAUGUCAAAUGUUAAACAAUGUAAAAUAAAGCUAUUAUCAUGUU